CUCCGGAAGCAGUUGUUAGUUGAGGGCCUUUGGGCUCGUUACGGAGACUGCGGGGGUCCCAUCGCCAUGUUCCUGUCCGUGGUCUCCUUUGCCAAGAGCAAGUCAAAAACCAUCCUGGUGAAAAUGAUGAGCCAAGCUGGGACAGGUUUCUCCUUCAACACUAAGAGAAGCCGACUGCGGGAGAAACUGACUCUAUUGCAUUAUGAUCCAGUUGUGAGAAAAAAAGUCCUCUUUGUGGAACAGAAAAAAAUACGCUCCCUCUAAACAAUGGAUUGAAAACGAAUUUGAUUUAUAAAUGAGAAGACUGAGGGCGGGACACUGAUUCAGAAAUUCUGGAGCAUGUAAUAAAAGAAGAGGAAAUGGCACGGAAUCACUGCCUCCUGUGAUUUGAAGGCCAUUGUGAAGGAAAACAAUGCAGUGAAAGAAAGUUCUUCAUAUUAGGACAUAUAUCAUUGCAUCACAUUUAUUUAUCUUUCUGGAUAUUUUUAUAGCCCUUAAUAAAACAUAUUAAAAUAGCCUGUGCUAUUGUCUCUUAGUGAUGUUUUCCCCUACUAUUUGAAAUAAAAAAACCAAGUACUUACUAAAAAAUACCAUUGUUUCAUAUAAGAGAAAUUUUUCCAUAAUGAGACUUGUGCAAUAGUUUCCAGUUUGCUCCUCCUUGUGCUUCAUAGAAAAGGCAGAGUCACACUCCAGUGUGAUCUUGAAAAAACUUCCGUGUAAUAACAGAGAUGGCAAGGGUCAACAGGAAAAAGAAGGGAGCCAGCCUCGUAACAAAAGAAACCAUGAGCACUUUUAUUUUUGUUUCUUGCUUAUAUAAUUAGGAAAAAUGCCAUUGGUCCAUAUUCUCAAACUCAGGUCACCAAAGCAGUAUUUAGGAUUUUCUAGGAAUGCUUUGGACUCCUUUAUCUCCUAGAUUUUUUUUUUUUAAAUAAGAGGAGCUAUAGUGCAUUUCCAUAAAGCCUCGGGCUUCCUGGGGCAUGGCAGUACCAAAUAGCUAACUAGCUUGGAAAUUCCACUGAUAAUCCCUAAUGUUCAGGUAAGGACUCCUGCUCUACCCGGAUCUAUAUACUUUCUCACUCAAGCUAUUGUUUCCCACAGAUUUUCAAAAUUGCUCAGUUUUCUCCUUAUCAAAUUUCUGCCUGAAGGUAAGAAGGAUCAGCUUAGAUUUUGUGCCCUGCUGGUUCAUGUCCUGACCCAUUUAAAGCAUUUAUAUGGGAGAAUGAUAGAGGGCCCACCAUGGCCACAAACAUUAAGCAAGCAAUGCUUUUCCAAAAUAACAGGUGUUCCCUCCCCAUGGCUCAAUGUGUCUCCGGAGGAAAUGCAAGAGCAGCUCUCUGGAAAUGGAAUUCGAUGUAGACAGUUGUUGAGACUUAGAGGCUUGUGGCAUUAUAGUCAGUCAGCUAUUUUCUGGUGUCUUUUGUUAAAGCUCUGGUUCAAAGCAAUAAUAAGUGAGAUCUUGGCUAUUUUUAGGCUGAAACUAUACACAAUGGUCUUGGGUUAUAAGAAAAAUCCUUCACUUGAUCCUAGCUAAGCCAAGCCUGAUGUAAAGGGUCUGUGACAUGCAUGAACCAUCUUUAAAAAAAUAAAAAUUAAAAUCUGGCUUAACAAAUGACUUGUCUAUUCAGCACAUGGGCUGACUGUGGCCCACAGGUGGUGUUUACAUUUUUAAACAAAUCAGUUGCUGAUACUUAAACACUGAAAAAUUUCAAUAAACA